UUCUCCACCAUCAGCGCUUCCUGUGCCAAAGCGGGUGGAGGAGGAAAUUAUCCUUCCACACAACCAGUCCUGUUUCUGCCAAGCAAAAUACUGUGCAUGCUGGAGUCGGAACUGCGUAGCGAAAUCCAAGCUCUCCAGACCUGGAUUGGCGUUACACCAGCCAUGGUGCGCGGGGGAUCUUGACCAGUGCUGCACAGAGGCUCCCGUUGCUAUGGGGACGGCUGAGGCGAGCCACCGACGGCAGUGACUUUGCAGGGAAAAAGUUAACGCAAGAUCCAUUUGAAAGAACAUAAAGGAAAAUGAAAAUGCGAUACUUUGUUUUGAGAGGACGGAUGAUAAUAAACAUUCUUUGAGGAAAACGUGUCACUCGAAAUGUGAUUUGGGGAGAUCUCUGUAUGCACAGGACCGUUUUUGUUAAAUGAGCGUCUGGAUUGCCUUUCCACAGGGAACUGGGGUAAAAAACAUUAAAAAUGGAUCCAGAUAGCGAAAAAGAAGUAACAGAGCCUGACAAUGGUGACACAUCAAGCACUGAAGAUCUUGAACUUGAAAAUAAAAACAACUUUCUGACCAGUGUGCUAACAGGGGAUACUGAGAGCUUACGCAAGUGUUUUGAACUUGUGAAUGAUCCAACCCUCGAGAUAGCAAACAGAUGGCUAAAUAUAUGUGAUGACUUUGGCCGAAAUGCUCUCUUUGCAGCCUCUAUGUUGGGACAUCAUGAAGUUAUUAAUGAGUUGGUGACACGAGGAGCAAAUGUCAAUGAGAAAACCAAUAGAGGUUACACUCCCUUACAUUGCGCCGCUGCCUGGGGGAAAAUAGACAGCCUAAAAACUUUGGUGGCCUUCGGUGCCAAUGUUCAAGAAACCAACUUUAGAGGUGAAAAGGCACGAGACAUAGCUAAUCGAUAUUCCAACAGUGACUGCAUAGAGUUUUUAGAUUGGGCAGAGGCCAGACUGAUUUUAGAGUUGUAUAUUACUAAUAUUCAGGAAACUGUGGCCGAUCUUGAAAAGUCACAGGGCAAGCUGUCAAAGCAAGAUAAGACUGCUUUUACAAAUGCUUGCCGUGCAAAAUCUGAAUGGCUGAAUUCAGUACAGAAUGCUACAAGACAGGAUUUUGAAGAGCAAAAGAAAAAUUUGGAGAUGACUCUGGAACCAUUCAUUGUCAAACUUAGAACACCAUCUCCACUGCCUUCAAAAUUCUCUAAAUCGUAACAGCAUCUUUUACAGUUGGCUUAAUACUACACUCAAAAUGGAAGA